CAACGUCAGUCUCCAGUCACAAUCUUACAUGCGCGGUAGAGACUGUUCGCUUCAGUCGUGUGUCGGCUGACGUCACUCAAGUUUUAUUCCAGUUUCGCCGAUCGUAAAAAUGGUAACUGAAAGUGCUUCAGUCGUGUAAGAGAUUUCGAGGUGUACUGUUUGUUGGUGAAUAACAGACAGUAGUGCGGUAAAUACGCACAAACCGUGAUAAUCCACGUGCGUCGCGUAUUACCGGUACGCAUUGAUUUUUUUGCGGAAUGGGUGAACAAUCACAAACCGGCGACGGGAAAGUGGUGUUAAAACGUAAAAUUACGUUGUUCAAUGGAGUCGGAAUAAUUAUUGGGACUAUUAUUGGUUCUGGGAUUUUUAUAUCGCCAACUGGAGUGUUUUUAUAUACCGGGUCAGUAGCUGCAUCCCUGAUAAUAUGGUUGACAUGUGGUCUCCUUUCCACACUAGGCGCUCUGUGCUACGCGGAGCUUGGCACCUCUAUCACCAGAUCGGGGGGAGACUAUGCGUACAUUUACGCCGCCUUUGGUCCUCUUCCAGCUUUUCUCAGACUUUGGAUUGCGUUGCUCAUCAUUAGACCGACUACACAAGCUAUUGUCGCAUUGACAUUCGGCCACUAUGUCGUCAAGCCAUUUUACCCUGAAUGUGACCCGCCACAAAAUGCUGUUCGACUUUUAGCCGCUAUAUGUUUAUGUAUUUUAACAGCAAUUAACUGCAUCAGUGUACGGUGGACGAUGCGUAUUCAAGAUGUAUUCACAACUUCGAAAUUGUUGGCGUUGGUGGUAAUCAUUAUAUCGGGAAUUUAUUAUAUUUGUAUAGGUCACACGGAGAAUUUUGAGCGACCGUUUGAAGGCGAGUAUGGUGCUGGAAACAUCGCUCUAGCAUUUUACUCUGGACUAUUUGCUUUCGGAGGGUGGAAUUAUCUCAAUUUCGUCACAGAAGAACUACAAGAUCCCUAUAAGAAUUUGCCGCGUGCCAUAUGGAUCGCAAUGCCUAUGGUGACCAUUAUUUAUGUUAUGGCGAACUUAGCCUAUUUUGCCGUCGUCUCGAAGAUGGAAAUGAUGUCUAAUCCAGCUGUAGCCGCAAUAUUUGGUGAUCGUCUUUUCACCGGCUGGAGUUGGGUGAUUCCGGUGUUUGUGGCAUUGUCGACGUUCGGAGGCGUUAACGGCGUGCUGUUCACGUCCGCGCGAUUGUUUGCCACAGGAGCUCAGGAGGGGCAUAUGCCUGCAUUUUUCUCACUGUUCCACAUCGAAAAACAGACGCCGAUACCAUCGCUUAUGUUUACAUGUUUCUUCUCACUUCUUAUGCUGACGACUAGCAAUGUAUUCGAUUUAAUCAACUACUUCUCACAAACGCUCUGGCUGUCCGUUGGCGCGUCUGUAGUGGGCAUGUUAUGGUUAAGAAGAACUAAACCAGACCUACCUCGACCUAUAAGGGUUAACAUUGUAAUACCUCUCUUGUUUCUUAUCGCCAUCGGCUGUUUAGUGAUCAUACCAGCUAUAACCCAACCGAAAGAUACAGCUAUCGGAGUAGGCAUAUUACUAUCCGGUAUACCAGUUUACUAUCUAUGCGUAAAAUGGCGGAAUAAGCCUAAUUGUUACCACAAGGUUUCUGGUAGUACACUCAGGUUCUUACAGAAACUUUGUACAUGUAUAUACGUUGACUCAUCACAGAAUAUAUCGAACUGA